CCGCGGUCGCGUCUGUGAAGACGGACAACGACGGCGUCGCCGUAGCCAGACACCAGGGCAGUCCGUUCAAGGGACAGGUUUAGGAUGGCCGAGGAUACCCUCGUCGGGCCCUGCGGCAAGAAGCGGUGCGCGGAUCGAUACGACAGCUCCGAGAGCUCUGACAGUGGCGUCGCGGUGUCUUGCGGGGAAUGCAGCAGCAGCGGCACCAGCGAUAUCACGGAACCGGGCUCGCCGUGCAGCACCAGCAGCGACGAGGGGGUAGCCGCGAUACGCGGCACGUCCGCCAGUCCGCUGCCGUCCCUGCCCAAGCUGGCGCCGUCGUCGCAGCUCGGCACCAGGCCCCAGUGGCCCUACCCGCCGUUGGCGGCGACCGCCUGCUCCACCACCGCGUACAAGAGGCUGAGGGGCGAGCCGGAGGCUGGCGCCCUUCCGCGCUCCGGCGCCGCCGAUCCCACCUCCAGGGGGGCGGUCAAAGGGAACGGAAAGACCGCGGGCGGCCAGCACCACCACGAAUCCCAGGGCAAGAUCACGGAGUACUUUAAGACUCAGAUUAAGCCGCAACAGCCGAAGAUAAAGAAAACGAACGAGAUGGUGCUGGUGGCAAAGAAUUCGUCAGAAUUUCGUAGGCCACCAACGGUACAGAGGAAUAAGGGCGGUCUCGCUAAAUACUUGGGCACUGUAUCGUCUAACGCAAAUCGCAAUACCAUCACCAAUGAGCGCUGGGAACUGAGAACAACGUCGUCGAUGGUUACGAAAAAAGUACCGCUGGUCAUCGUGCCAAGGACCAAUGGCAAGAUAGAUAAGAAGCUGCCGAAGCCGCUGCCAAGUCUGCCAAUCUCGAACGAACUGAAAAACAUACCCAAGAUCUCAUCCCUUAGACUAACUUCGGAUACGAAUAUCAAUUCGGCCAAGGGCAGCUCCCCGCCCGCCACCGUCGCGUCAUCGCUACUGGGCGAACCGCUAGACUUCAAGGCUAUCCUGACGAAACCACACGUGAACGAAAACAACAAUUUGACGAACAGCUGUGAGAGCAUCUUGGGCGCGCUGAGAUCGCAGGGUGGUCAUGACUCUCCCAUCUCAAGGUUGUCUUCGCCGUCGAAGGUGGAUAGUAAGGAUGAAGAUGGCCAAUCGGCGCCAGUCGAUGAGGAUGACGUAGACGAGGAGGACUCCCGUGGCAGCGAAUCGAAACCGUCACCUAUUCUCUCAGCACCCACUACCAUCCGGUUUCCGGCACGAGCACCCGAGAAGGACAGACCGCAGGCUACUGACAGCGGGAUCUGCCGUUGGGAUAAGUGCGAAGCCAGCUUCGAAUCCGUAGGAGGUCUUUUAGAACAUUUACAGGCUGAUCACAUUAACACGCAAACCGGCAGCGACAAUUUCGUCUGUCACUGGCAGGGAUGCAAGGUACAAGGUAGAACUUCAUGUUCUCGACGAUGGCUGGAGAGACACGUUCUGUCUCAUGGCGGUAACAAACCUUUUCGAUGCAUCGUCGACGGUUGUGGUUGCAGAUUCAGCUCUCAGACCGCCCUUGAAAGGCAUGUGAAUGGUCACUUCAAUCAGCCAGAAACGAACAGUAACAACGGCAGACGUAGUUGUGAAAAUGGCGGUAAACUCGUUAGGAGGAAUGGCAAGAAAUUAAGAUAUAGGCGGCAACCUUGGUCUGCGAGACUUUUUGAUUACUUUGAUUCGGGAGUGAUGGAGGGUCUCCAGCACAGGCUAUUGGAACUAGCAACAUCGAGGACGCAGGGGCGACUAGCUGAAACGCCAGGAAACUCGAUGGCACUAACUAGUCAAGUUUUAGCGAGAAGAGUUGAAUUGGAUGGGAAGACAAAGGUACUACUACGAUGGUAUCCCCAAGAUAUAGAACCGGAUGAAUGGGUACUAGAAUCCGAAAUGCAAAGAACGAAGCAUGUAGGUAUCCGUAAAGCGGCGGCUAGUAACCCAGAAGAAGUAAGUUUGGCUCUCUACCCCGCGAUAAGCGGUCGCGCGCCGCCAUUGGCGCGAGCGAAGCAGCGCCGGAAGCCUGUAAAGAACUCGUGAUAAUGUCGGCCAAAUCGGCCGGAUACCAGAACUGACCUAACGAGCGCCGACACCUGAACUAGAGAAGAACAGAGUGCUGCCGCUGACACGAGCACAACAAGGUCUAUAAUCGCUUCCUGGUCGGUGAAGACAAAGGCCGUGACGAUGCGACCUGAAAUACCCGAACGUAUCGAGAGAGAGAGAGAGAGAGAGAGAGAGAGAGAGAGAGAGAGAGAGAGAGAGAGAGAGAGACGAGAGACCGCUUUAGAAAAUAACUAAUUUAGAUGAACGACCAAUUCUUACUCGGAUCGAUUAGAAAAUAAGAAUUGCAGCGUCAAACGAAACGGGAGAUAAAUCGCACGGGAGAUAAAUUCACGAUGAAUCAUAUAGUAAUGAGAACGAGGGACACAACUAGGAGGAACAAAUGGGAACGACUAUCCAUCCGUUUUGGGAACGGGAGCAUUACUCAGCAUUGAGUAUAUUCUUCGUCGUUAUUCGUUGACGGGUACAUCUACUAACGCUCUAAUUCUACGCGAAUCCCUGCCACGAGUACCUCGCAUAUUUCGACGCUCGUCGGCUUCGGAAGCGCUAAGUCUGGGCCUCAAAAGUGCCUCACCGUGGAUACGUUUUGUACCGUCUUCUACCGCCGAUCAAGAUCCCAGGGAUACGGACGCGUGGUGAAAACGGUAGACAAAGACAAAAAGCGGAAAAAAGAAAGAAAGCAGUAGAGGAGCUUUUACGUAUUUGGUUUUGCCAAAGGAAACAGAGGGAGCGCACAGACAAAAUAUUUAAGCGGUAGUUAACAAUUUAUAAGGAGAUAAUCACUCUGGUGGCCUUAGGAUUCAAUUAAUAUCUAACAUCGGCCCCUUGGCACUUCCGGGAACUGAUGGUAUCUUUGCGAUCUUCGACGAUGCCUCGACAAGAGAAAGAGAAGGGAAAAGAAGAAAGGAGAUGCGUCUAUCUCGAUUUACAGCUCGGUAGAAACUCGCGUCGGCUGUUGUCGAUGACAUCAAGAGGACGAGAAGGAAGAGACACGAGAAGAAGGAAGAGGGAUCGUGGACAGCGCGGAUGCGGAAGACUGUAUCGGGACUGUAUGAAAGACGAGAGAAGAUUGGGGAAUGGGAUUUAGGCUGUUAAGUGAGAGCGCAAAAGUGUGAAUGAUGUGUAUGCGUGUAAAAGGGAAUGAGUAAUUAUGCUCCGAAUUCGCCGUUAUUUCCCUGAAUGGGGUUGACAGUCUCCCAGGCUUGACAGCUCGGCAAAUGAAAUCGAAAGAUUGCGAAUAAUUGGACGACAUGUGUGUCACCGAGAUUUCUAUCGAGAAUUAUAUCUCUUCGUUCUUCGUAAGGACGGAACAGAGAAGCAAUGUACAAAACAAAAUUAAGGAAGAGAGUGAUUCUCAAGGCCCGAGGCAUGCACGAGCCGGUUCUAAGAGAGACGGUCGGCGUCCAGCUUGCCUCGUUUCCGCGCCCGAGACGUGUUCGAUUUUUCGUGUACUUCAUUGUCGCGUUAUUUUUAUCUUUCUGCUGAGUUUCGUGCGGCAUGUUGGCGUACGCUCGUUACGUUAAAGAGAAUAUCAGAUUUAAUCGAGUGCCAAGAUAAUCAAAAACGGAAGUAGGUGAAACAUGCUGCGCGACCGCAACCGAUGAGCUGUUAUCCUCAAAAGGGGUAAAUUACGUAGGCUGUGUUACAUUAUCCACAGACUUGUUAAGCGAGGAUCAUCCCGAACGGAAUGAACAAAGAGAGCGACGCGCGCGGCGUCGCUGCUCCUGCGAUUCGCGCGCUUGGUUUAUCGCGGUCGUAAAUGAACGAGAUGAUUAAUUAAUCUCGCGACCGCGAAUAUUCUUCGCGGAGAGAAUCGCUGAGCAGAAACGCUACGCGCGCGUGUAGGGAAUAGAACUUCAUGUAAUUUAAAGCAUGCGAAGGAGAGACGGAUAUAUGUCAUGUCAUGUGUGUUAAAUGAUUAUGAGAGUGAUGACGAAA